CUCUUCAUUGUAUACUUCUCACUCUGAAUCUGAACAGUCGGUGUUUUUUUAAACCAGUCGGCCGUCUCUGUCAUAAUUCAAAAAAGUAAAUAAACAACGAGGUGUCAAAGACAUUUUUGUUUAUAUAUCAUCGAAGUGAUCAACAUAAUUUUAUGAAAAAAUUGUGAUUAUGCCCGGUUCUAAUAGUGGAAAUUAUUACAGGGUUGCUUCCAAUCAACCAGCUUGGGCUAACAUUUUUAUCCAAUGGAAUCGACAAAAAUGGAAUGGCAACCACCAAAGGCUGCAAACUACAGACAGCCCGUGCAUCUCAGCGUGUACAACAGCCACCAAUCUUUCUUCUCUUGGGGACUUCCAGUCGAAUUCAACCAUCAAUUUUCAAAGAAAAAUGGGUACUUUGGAAGAAAAUUUAAGGAUGACAAUACCUGAAAUUGAGCCUUUGCAGAAGAAAGGCGACGAAGAGGCCGGAGCUCAAGAAGAAACGAAACCAUUCUCGAUAUGGCAAAUUAAAAGACAAUUGCUAACAGCCGUCGCGGUAUCAUGGGUGUCCAUGAUCAUAGGAUACUCGUCUGCUUAUACCUCUCCUGCUCAAUUAUCUCUAGAAGCGCAUUUCAAUCUCGAAGAAGACAAGAUGUCUUGGAUCUCGAGUUUAAUGCCGCUGGGCGCCCUUGUCGGAGGGCUAUGUGGAGGCACCUUCAUUGAAUACUUAGGCAGGAAAUGGACGAUCCUGUUGACCAACAUCCUUUUCCUAACAGCAUGGACUGUCAGCUACUUCGCUCAGAAUUACGUGUACUUAUAUGUCAGCAGGGCUAUUACAGGAGCCAGUGUUGGUAUUGCUUCUCUAACCCUACCCGUGUACUUAGCCGAAACAAUCCAGCCUGAAGUCAGAGGCACUUUAGGAUUGUUGCCAACCGCUUUUGGUAACAUUGGCAUCUUGGUAUGUUUCUUGUUUGGAACGGUCUACCAAUGGCAGGAACUAGCUCUUAUUGGAGCCAUCCUGUCGUUACCUUUCCUGGUCCUUAUAUGGUUCAUUCCUGAAUCACCCAGAUUCUUGGUUGCUAAAGGGAAAGAAGAAAAAUCCAGAGAAGCUCUUCAAUGGCUGAGGGGAUCCGAAACUGACAUCGAUAAGGAAUUCCAUGAACUCCUGAAGAUUCAGAAGGAAUCGGAUAAACAGAACGAGAGCGUUUUUGUUCUCUUUUCAAGAAACAACUUAAAACUCCUUGCUAUUGUGUUAGGGCUAAUGUUUUUCCAGCAGUUGAGUGGCAUCAAUGCCGUUAUAUUUUAUACCACUAAAAUUUUCAAGGAUGCUGGUAGCUCUUUAAAAGAGAGUAUAUGUACAACUAUCGUUGGAGUAGUUAAUUUUGUUUCCACAUUUAUAGCUGCAAUUUUAAUAGACAGAUUAGGCAGAAAAGUACUUUUGUAUAUCUCUAGCGUUUCCAUGAUUAUAUCGUUGAGUGUGCUAGGCGCGUACUUCUUCCUUCAAAAUGAACACAUUGUAGAUGUAAAACCAUUUGGAUGGUUACCGCUAAUUGCUCUUGUGAUAUAUGUAUUAGGGUUCUCCCUCGGUUUUGGCCCUGUCCCAUGGUUGAUGAUGGGAGAAAUCCUACCGUCAAAAAUUAGGGGGCCUGCUGCUUCAGUGUCCACUGCAUUCAACUGGACAUGCACUUUCGGUGUUACAAAAGCAUUCUUGCCUAUUAUUAAAAUUAUUGGUAGCCAUUAUACUUUCUGGAUAUUUGAUGCCAUUAUGGUGGUAGGAUUAGCAUUCACAGUCCUCUUCGUCCCCGAAACCAGAGGCCAAAGCUUAGCAGACAUUGAAAGGAAAUUAGCAGGUGUAAAAGUUAGGAGAACAAGUUCUGUAGCUAAUUUAAAACCGAUGCCAUCUACUUUUUAGAUAAAAUGACUGAUUUUUUUAAGAAUCUCGUUAGUUAUUUAUUAUUAAUGUUAUAGUUAGGUUUUACUAGCAAUAAGUCCACAUAUGAGUUGUAAAUUUUUUAUAUUUAAAUCAAAGAAAUUAUUUGU